GCGGAGCGGGCGGCGAUCCCAGGGCGUGCGCCGGGGCAGCGGACAACAGGAAUGAGUGACCGCGGCCCCGCGGAGUGAGCGGGGAGGGGAGGCCGUGCGCUCAGGCGUGACGGGAGCAGCGCCGGGAGACAGCUCGUUGCGCCAGGGAGGACGAUGGCUGCCGCUGCGUGGACCACUCUGCUGCUACUGUGGGCCUCGCCCCCCGCCGGCUUCGGCGCCCCCCGCCAGCCGCCGCCCCUCAGCUUUGCGGCGCCGGGCACCCGUCUGGCUCACCUGGCGGUAGACACCCAGACGGGCCUGCUCUACCUGGGCGGGGUGGACAACAUCUUCCAGCUGUCGGCCAACCUGAGCAUUCUGCGGCGCCACCUGACGGGGCCGGUGGACGACAACCCGCGGUGCUACCCGCCCCCCAGCGUCAGGCCCUGCUCGCAGGGGCUGCGGCCCCUCCCCAAUGUCAACAAGCUCCUGCUGGUGGACGGCGCCGGGGGGCGGCUGCUGGCUUGCGGCAGCGCCUGGCAGGGCGUCUGCCAGCUCUUGCGCCUCCGCGACCUGUUCAAGCUCGCUGAACCGCACCACCGUAAGGAGCACUACCUGUCUGGCGUCCGGCGCGCGGCCGAGACGGCCGGGGUGCUGGUGGAGGGGCUGGGCCCGGGCGAGAGCCGCCUCUUCGUCGGCACCUCGGUGGCCGGCAAGUCUGAGUACUUCCCGACCCUGUCCAGCCGCCGGCUGACGGCCCAGGACGAGGACACCCAGAUGCUGGCCCUGGUCUACCAGGACGAGUUUGUCUCAUCCCAGCUGCGGAUCCCCUCCGACACCCUCUCCCGCUUCCCCGCCUUCGACAUCUACUACGUCCACGCCUUCGCCGCGCCGCCGUUCGUCUACUUCGUGGCCCAGCAGCUCGACACCCGCCUGACCGCCCCCGAGCCCGCGGCCGAGCCCGUCUACGCCUCCAAGAUCGUCCGCCUCUGCUCCGAGGACCCCAGGUUCUACUCGUACGUGGAGUUCCCCAUCGGGUGCUCGAGGGGCGGCGUGGAGUACCGGCUGGUCCAGGCCGCCAGGGUCUCCGUCCCGGGACCCCGCCUCGCCCGCUCGCUGGGCUUGGGGCCGGGGGAGAGGGUCCUCCUGGCCACCUUCUCCCGGGGCCAGAAGAGGAGAUCUGAGCCGGCAGCCGACUCGGUGCUCUGCCUCUUCACACUCGCCUCCAUCCGGGACCGCAUCCGGGACAGGAUCCGAUCCUGCUACCGGGGCGAGGGGAAACUCUCCCUGCCCUGGCUCCUGAACAAGGACUUGGUGUGUAUCAACUCGCCUCUCCAGAUCGAGGACGAUUUCUGCGGGCAGGAUUUUAACCAGCCGCUGGGAGGCACGAAGAUCCUGGAGGGAAUCCCCCUGUACCAGGACAAGGAGGACGAGAUGACCGCGGUGGCCACCUACGUCUAUGAGGAGCACACGGUGGUGUUUGUUGGCACCCGGGCCGGCUACCUGAAGAAGCUGCGUGUGGAUGGCGUUCCGCGGCCCCCUCACAACGCCCUCCGGUACGAGGUGGUGCCCGUGAUGGAGGGCUCCCCCAUCCUGCGCGACAUUGUCUUCAGCCCCGAUUUCAAGUACAUCUACCUGCUGACCGAGCACAAGGUAUCCCGGCUGCCAGUGGAGAGCUGUCAGCAACACGAGACCUGCUCCAAGUGUCUCAGCUCGGGGGACCCCCACUGUGGCUGGUGUGUCCUCAGUAACAGGUGCAGCAAGCGGUUGGAAUGUGGCCGUGCCGAGGAGCCGCGACGAUUCAGCACCGUUUCCAGCCGCUGUGUCCAGCUCAGCGUCCGGCCCAACAACCUGUCCGUCAUGAUGCCCAGCGUUCCCCUGAUUCUCCGUGCUCGGAAUGUUCCGGAUCUCUCUGGAGGCGUGACUUGCUCCUUUGAGGACGUGUCUGAGAGUGAGGCCGUGAUCGAGGGAGCCGAAAUUCACUGCGUGUCCCCCUCCCUUAAGCAGAUACCACUCAUCACCAACGGUUACGGGGACAAGCGUGUGAUCAAACUCCACCUCAAGUCCAAGGAGACCAACAAGCUGUUUGCCGUCACCUACUUUGUCUUUUACAACUGUAGUGUGCAUCGUUCCUGCCUGUCGUGCGUCGGGGGUCCAUACCCCUGUUACUGGUGCAAGUAUCGGCACGUCUGCACGCACGACCCCGCCGACUGCUCCUUCCAGGAGGGCAGGGUCAACGCCACCGAGAUGUGCCCACAGAUCCUGCCGCCCACUCGACUCCUGGUGCCAGUGGGGGUCGUUCAGCCCAUCACGCUGCUGGCCCGCAACUUGCCACAACCCCAGUCGGGCCAGAAGGGCUACGAGUGUCUCUUCCACGUGCGCCAGCGGCCGCAGAGGGUCCCGGCGGUCCGGUUCAACAGCAGCAGUGUCCAGUGUCAGAACGCCUCGUACACCUACGAGGGGGCCGUUGGAGAGCUGCUGGUGGAUUUCUCUGUGGUUUGGGAUGGAGAAUUCGUCAUUGACAAACCCCGAGGUGUCAAAGCCCUGCUGUACAACUGCUCCGUGCAGAGGGAAAGCUGUGGCCUGUGCCUGAAAGCAGAGACCACCUUCGCCUGCGGUUGGUGCGUCCCAGAGCGAAAAUGCCGUCUGCGUCAGCACUGUCCCCCGCCUGACUUCAACUGGAUGUCCCCAGGGGCCACCAACGUCCGCUGCACCCAACCCCGCGUCACCAAGUUCCACCCUGCGACUGGCCCGAAGGAAGGAGGAACCCGGGUGACGAUUCACGGGGAGAAUUUGGGCCUCCAUUUCCGGGAGAUUGCCUACGGCGUGCGUAUUGCGGGAGUGAAGUGUUUCCCGGUCUCCGGCCUGUACAUCGUGGCCGAGCGCAUCGUCUGUGAGAUGGAGGAUGCCUUCUCUGUGCAGCCUGGAGCUGGGCCUGUGGAACUGUGCGUGGGCGACUGUAGUCCCAACUACCGGACCCGAUCACAGGAGCUGUACACGUUCGUGGCCCCCACUUUCAGUAAAAUUCACCCAGAGAAGGGUCCAUCUUCAGGCGGCACGCAUCUGACCAUAUUCGGAGAGUUCCUGGACGCUGGGAGCUCAGUGAAAGUGUUGGUGGGUGGUGCUGAGUGUCUCUUUCAGUGGAGGAAUGCGGGGCAGAUCACCUGCCUGACCUCCGCCUCGCCCACGGGCCCCGGAUCGGCUGUCAUCACCGUCGCCAUCGACCGUGCGGAGGUGUCCAACGUGGCCCAGACCUUUGCCUACGUCGAGGACCCCACCGUGUCCGCCGUCCAGCCCGAGUGGACCAUUGCCAACGGCAACACCACGUUGACCGUCAGAGGCACCGGAUUCCUCAGCAUCCUGCAGCCCCGCGUCCGCGCCCGCUUCCAGGGAGCCGAGAGCAGUAACGACUGCCAGGCCCACAACGACACAGUGAUGGUGUGCCAGGCCCCAGGGUUGGGGCUGGGAACGGGUCGCAGGCGUCUGCCUGAGGGUGGGGCCAGGCCCGAGGAGUUCGGCUUUAUCCUCGACAACGUGAGCUCUCUCCUCGUCCUCAACGGAUCCGCCUUCACCUACUUUCCUGACCCCUCCUUCGAGAACUUCGCCCCUGCUGGAACCCUGGACGUCAAGCCUGGUACUCCCGUUAUCCUCAAGGGCCGGAACCUGUUGCCGGACGUGCCUGCCGGUGACCGACUGAACUACACCGUGCUGAUCGGAGAGUCUCUGUGCGAGCCCACCAUCUCCCCGUUCCAGCUCGUGUGUAACGCGCCCGAACUAACGGGGCAGCACCGGGUGACGGUGAGGGUGGGGGCACUGGAGUUCUCGCCGGGCACCCUGCACAUCUCCUCGGAGCGAGGGCUGAGUCCAGGGGCGACGGUGGGGAUGGCGGUGGGGGGAGGGCUGCUCCUUACCGCCAUCGUCUCCGUGCUGGUCGCGUACAAACGCAAGAGUCGCGAUGCAGACCGCACCCUGCGCCGGCUCCAGCUUCAGAUGGAUAACCUGGAGAGCAGAGUGGCCCUCGAGUGCAAGGAAGCGUUUGCGGAGCUGCAGACGGACAUCCACGAACUGACCAGCGACCUGGAGGACGUGGGCAUCCCCUUCCUCGAGUACCGGACCUACGCCACCCGCGUCCUCUUCCCCGGCAUCGAGGACCACCCUGUGCUGAAGGAGCUCGAUGCCCCGGCCGCCGUGGACAAGGCCCUGAAGCAGUUCGGACAGCUGCUGAACAACAAGGUGUUCCUGCUGACGUUCGUGCGGACGCUGGAGUCGCAGCGGGGGUUCUCCAUGCGGGACCGGGGCAAUGUGGCCUCGCUGCUGAUGACGGCCCUGCAGGGCCGACUGCCCUUUGCCACCGCCGUGCUCAAGCAGCUGCUGGCUGACCUCAUUCAGAGGAACCUGGAGAACAAGAACCACCCCAAGCUGUUGCUGCGCCGGACGGAGUCGGUGGCGGAGAAGAUGCUGACCAACUGGUUCACUUUCCUCCUGCACCGGUUCCUGAAGGAGAGCGUGGGGGAGCCACUGUUCAUGCUGUUCUGCGCGAUUAAGCAGCAGGUGGAGAAGGGGCCCAUCGACGCCAUUACCGGGGAGGCCCGGUACUCCCUGAGCGAGGACAAACUCAUCCGGCAGCAGAUUGACUACAAGACCCUGACCCUGGUGUGUACGUGUGCGGAGACGGACAACAGCUCCCAGAUCCCGGUGAAAGUGCUGAACUGCGACACCAUCACGCAGGUGAAGGAGAAACUCCUGGACGCUCUCUACAAGGGUGUCCCCUACUCCCAGCGCCCCAAGGCCGUCGACAUGGACCUCGAAUGGAGGGACGGCCGAGGGUCACGCCACAUUCUCCAGGAUGAGGACGUCUCCACCAAGAUCGAGUCAGACUGGAAACGACUGAACACUUUAGCCCAUUACCAGGUGACGGACGGGUCGAUUGUUGCUCUGGUGCCCAAACAGGUGUCGGCCGAGAGUCUCCCCAACACCGUCACUGUCAGCCGUUCCCUCAGUCGCUACGAGAGCCUGCUGCGGACGGCGGGCAGCCCCGACAGCCUGCGGGCACGGGUCCCGAUGAUGACGCCGGACCAGGAGACGGGCACCAAGCUGUGGCACCUGGUGAGGACGCAGGAGCAGAGCGAGCACCGCGAGGGCGAGAGGGGGAGCAAGAUGGUGUCCGAGAUCUACCUCACCCGCCUGCUCGCCACCAAGGGCACGCUGCAGAAGUUCCUGGAUGACCUGUUUGAGACGGUGUUCAGCACGGCCCACCGUGGCAGUGCCCUGCCGCUGCCCAUCAAGUACAUGUUCGACUUCCUGGACGAGCAGGCAGAUCGGCACCUCAUCACCGACCCGGACGUCCGGCACACCUGGAAGAGUAACUGCCUGCCGCUCCGGUUCUGGGUGAACGUGAUCAAGAACCCCCAGUUUGUCUUCGACAUCCACAAGAGCAGCAUCACGGACGCCUGCCUGUCGGUGGUGGCCCAGACCUUCAUGGACUCCUGCUCCACCUCCGAGCACCGGCUCGGCAAGGACUCUCCCUCCAACAAGCUGCUCUACGCCAAAGACAUCCCCAAUUACAAGACCUGGGUGGAGAGGUACUACCGGGACGUGGGGAAGAUGGUGGCCAUCAGUGACCAGGACAUGGACGCCUACCUGGCCGAGCAGUCACGACUGCGCGCCGGCGAGUUCAGUAGUCUCAGCGCCCUCAACGAGCUCUACUCCUACAUCAGCAAGUUCCAGGAGCCGAUCCUGACGGCCCUGGAGAGGGACCCCUCAGCUCGUCAGCAGCGUCUCUGCCCCCGGUUGGAGCAGGUUAUCUGUCUCAUGUCCACCAGCUGAUGCCAGGGGAGGGUCCGGGGAUGGUCACAUCUGCCCCAGGACAGCCCUCCAUACCUCGAGCGCACCGGGCAGGGCCGGCCUGGUGUGGGACAGCGUCUACAGGAAUUCACCUCUCUGCCUAAACACUUUUCUACCCGUCCGCACAGCCUGUGUUGUCUUGUCAUAGAGUUAAUAUAAUUUUAAUUGUUUUUAUAUAUAUUAUAUAUAUAAUUUAUUUUUGCUCUUGUCCCAGCAUCGCAGAAUUGUGUACAUUGACUGUCAUUGUGUGUCAUUUUUUUAAAUAUAUGUAGAGGAAGAGAUUGUGACAAAU